AUGAUAGGCAAACUUUCGUUCUCAUUAUCCUCUGUCGCUUUUAAUGGAAGUCCGAUAUGGGCAGAGCAACGCUCGUCCACUUGGUUCACAGUAUUGACAUGUGGAUUCACUCUCUUCACAGUCCGUGACUUGUUCUAUGAGACUAAUACCCAUCAGGCUGUACCUGUCCUGCCAUUUGCAUUAGUGGAGAAGGCUCACAUUCAUGAACGGGACGUGCAGGCGUGGGUUUCUAUCCUCUUGGCCGUCCAUGGUGCGGGCAUUGCCGUCGGUUCACCAAUAUGCGCAUGUUGGGCGGAUAGGAGCGCCACUCGGCGGUGGCCAUAUCUAGCUAGUCUCCUGGGACUGGUGGGCGCUACCUUGAUUCUUUCCUUCUCGGAAUCGGUCUCGCUAUUUGUCGUCGGCCGCUUAUUACAAGGCCUGUCUGGGGCAGUGGCAUGGACAGUGCCCCUGGCUAUUAUCACUGACCGCGUUGGAGUCACUCAAGUGGGACCCUACUUGGGAUACAUGACUCUGGGACGAAGUGCUGGCAUGUCGGCUGGGCCUAUCUUCGGUGGCUUGGUUUUCCUCUACUGGGGAUACUUUAGGACCUACGUGACCGCAUUCAUUAUUCUCAGCAUCGACUUUGCUCUGCGUCUACUUCUGGUCCAAGGUCCACAACUGACGCCAUCUAAGAAGGCAGGUGGUUCUUUCGUGGCUUUGCUAGGUCCAUCUGUAUUGUCGCCAUUGGUUAGAAAAACAAUCCAACAACACGGCGUUAGGAAAAGUGCAACAGCUAGAUAUGUGGGAACCGGCGUCGCACUAGGGUGCCUAUCGUUUGUUGGUCACGACGGUGCAUUGUACCAAACAUUUCUCGUGAUGUUGCUCGUGGUAGCAGGCACUUUUAAUCUUUUCUCAGAAAUAUCGUCAUGGAUUGAUGCCGUCGCAAUGGCGGAAAGUCAAGCAAUGGACUACCCAGACCGCUUCCCAGCAGGUGGGGCUAUCGCACAGGUCUACGGGCUGACUAACGUCAUGUUCGCACUUGGUUUCGUGGCCGGGCCACUUGGAGCUGGCUUCGUCUACCAGAAGUUUGGCUGGGCGGCGACAGUACUGCUCUUGGCUCUCGUGACUGUUAUCAGUUCAGUACCGACAAUGCUGUGGCUUGGACGAACGAGGACCGAGGGCACAAAUGCUACGGCUCCUGUUGGGGCAGUAGUUACGGUGAAAGAUGAAACUCAGGUUGUAUGA